AAAAGCAGACUGGAUAGAGAGGAAAUCAUUUGAGAAGCUGAUUAGCUGGGUCCCAGUUUUCAGAACGCUGUCCACUGCAAAGUGAAACUUUAUGUUUUGAUUCUGUCGUUGGAUAAGAAGGUAUAAUAUUGAAUGGGAAGCUGGAUGUGAGAUCGAUCCAAGGUGAAAGAUACCUCUUUACAGAUCCAAAGGGAGCACAUAAGGUUGUGCAUCUCUGCCUUGGAGGAGUUUCAGAAAACAGCCAUGUCCACAGCACUUGACCUGAAAACAAAGGAAGAAAAAAAUGCUGAAUUAGACAAACGCAUUGAAGCCCUCCGCAAGAAAAAUGAAGCUCUGGUUAAGAGGUACCAGGAAAUUGAGGAAGACAAGAAACGAGCAGAGCAAGAGGGCAUUGCAGUAACGACCCCUAGGAAACCUCGAGAGGCGCUUGGUAAGAGGUACCAGGAGAGUGAUGAUAAACGAGGAGAUCAAGAUAACACUGGCAUAGCAUCACCAAAGUCUCAUUUACAUGAUUCUGAUGUGCAAGAGAAGAGGAAUUUUGAGAAAGAGAACUUCACCAUGACUGUGGAAAUUUCUAAAUCUUCAAGGGAGAAACGUGUCAUCAAUGAUCGCAAAUCAAGCAGUCAAAAUACACCAUGGAACAGGGUAGAACCAGGUGAUUUCUCCUCUGAAACCUUCGCCAUUGAGCAGAGCCCAUCCAGAAGAGGGAGUUCUGGACGAGGGAUUCGGAACAGAGGAGGCCGUGGUGCAAGGCAGGAAGCACGCCGAGAAAGAGGGGAAACUCCUCAUGAUGUAGGAGAAACAUUUGAAGGGCGGUCACCUAGAGGUGGCCGAGGCCGCCGGGGAAUGGCAGAAAGUGGUGGAAUUCAAUCUGGACAAGACAGGAAGACAAAAGAGUGGGAGGAAAAGAGGCGGCAAAACAUUGAAAAGAUGAAUGAGGAAAUGGAGAAGAUUGCAGAAUAUGAGAGAGGGCAGCGAGGUGAUGGAACUGGUGAAAAAAACCCCAUAAGAAAUUUUUUGGAUGACCCACGUCGCUCUGGUCCCAUUCUUGAAGUGGAUCGCAAAGAAGGAAGCAGACGGCAUUUUCGAAACUGGGGUGGUCUAGACUUUGAAAAGGUCAAGACUGGAAAUGAGAGGGAAAAGGAGUGGACGGUGAACCGACGUCCUGUUCCCAAAGUAUCUUCUGACAUGACCAUGUCCAUGACUGGCAGGGAAAGGGCAGAGUACAUGCGAUGGAAAAAAGAACGAGAGCAGAUUGAUCAGGAAAGGCUGGCUCGUCAUCGAAAUGCAACGGGGCAGUGGCGACGUGAAUGGGAUGCUCAGAAAUCAGAUGGCAUGUUCAAAGAAGAGGCUGGAGAAUCAGUGGGACAAGGACAAGACCAAGACAGUUGGAGAGAUGAUGGUAGACCUCGUCACAAAGCGCCCACGUUUGGAGACUUUAUGCCUCAGAGCAAAAUGAGAGAACCAGUCAAAGGACGAUCCCAAAGGAAGGGAAGGGGACCAGCAAAUAACUACAGUAUGCAUGACAACCGAUGGGUUGAGAAUGAGGAAGACAAGAUGUUGGGAGAAUUAAAAAUGGAAGAUUCUGCCUGCAAGAAGAGUAUCAUGCCACCUGAAAGUGCUCCUGAAAUAGAAAGCCAUGAAGAUGAUGAAGAUCAGUGGGAGGAUGAAGAAGAUGAAGUAGUAGUGGUAGGAGAAGGAGAUGAAGAGGAGGAAGAGGAGGCAGAGCAGCAGGAAAAGUCCUCAACAUCUGUUCCCAUAUCCUCUGCAGAAACAAAAAAAAAAGUCGCACCAGUUUCUGUCCCAAUGACAACAAAGGUGAAAGAAAGACCAAAGCCUGCAAGAAAAAGGAAGAGUAAUCCUAAACUGCAGAUAUCAAAUGUUCAAAGGUCUCCGGCAUGCCAGACAUCUUCAGAAACAAAACCACCACUGAGCCCAUUUUCUCCUCAGGAUUGUCCCCAGGGUAUGAGCUGGGGAGACCAAAUGGAUCUGCAGUCUCCACGCAGUAGUUUGGGUGAUAGCCCUCUCAGGUUGGAUAGCACUGGGGAAGGCUUUAGCCCUGGCAAACCUCAAAGGGAGACUGAGGAAGUUGUUUCUAUAGAAGGAAAGAUGGAUCAAACAGACAUUUCAAAAUGCCACAAGCUUAAGGAGACAAGUGAAACUGUGUCUGUUUGCCCUGAAGAGGAGUUUAUAGAGGCAACUGAAUCUUUUGUAACUGAAGAAACAGAUAAAGUUGAUAUUCCAAAUGUGGAAAAUGAUGCACACAAUGAAUCUCCAAAGGAAGAGGAGGGCGUUGAUAAGCAGUUAGAUAAUAUAGAGACUGUAAAUAAUGAAGUUGAUAUUCCAAAUGUGGAAAAUGAUGCACACAAUGAAUCUCCAAAGGAAGAGGAGGGCGUUGAUAAGCAGUUAGAUAAUAAAGAGACUGUAAAUAAUGAAGUACUUGGCACUCAUAACAAUGAGGAUGAGAACAGCAAUAAUACUUUUAAGGAUGAAAUGAAUGAGUCUCCUGAUGCUCUGCAGAACACUGAAACAGAUGAGCUCCAAGUGACCACAGAACCUACAUCGGACUGUGUUUCCACCUCUCUGGCCAGCCAGCCUUCUUCAGGUUGAGGUGAGAGUGCUGGGAAGGAGACGCUUGUUACCUGUGAUCCUAUGUUCUUGUGUAAUUGUAAAGCAGAAGAUGACAUGCUACUCUUUAAAGUAAAGAGUGCAGCUGACUGAUGUCUGGCAAGUGCAGAUCCCAGGAAGAAGGGACGUACUGGUCGGGUUGAGUGUUUUUGAGUGUUUAUUUUUUUUUCUAAUUAUUAAGAAAAUGAAAGAUAAUAACAUUUGUAAAGAAACCAAUAUGCCCUUUGUUACAUCUUUAAAAGUGAGUGGUUUGCUUGGUCAUAUGUGAUCUAUAUCUUUAUUUUUUGUUUUGGUACAUUUUAUUUUUAAAUUUGAUUUUAAGUUUUUUCUGUACCUGGGUGGGGAGGGGGGAGAAAUAAGUAGGGGUCUAAUUUGUUCAGUAUUAAUACUGCAAACCAAAGCACAGUUUCUUUUUCUGCACAUAGAAAAGAGUUUUCUUGUUUCCUAUUGGAGGAAAAUAAAAAGUAAUAAUUUUAUUGUU